GCAGCGAGGUCCGUGCCGAGGUCCGUGCUUAAGCCAAAUAUUCUCCCGUCCAGCCCUCCCUUUCAGUCAAUAAGUAUUUUAUCGCAUAAAAGAAGCAGAAAUUAUGAAAGAAUUACUCACAUCUAUUGAAGAUAACAGAAGGACGCUGUUAUCUUUUCGAACUGUUAAAGAGGCUCAUACCACUUAUACCAUUAGAACAUUUAGGGCAAACGAAACAAGGGCAUUGAAAAAAAAGCAACAACUCCGUGCCUUCGAAAAAUAUAGUCAAAAAGCUCGUUUUGUUUUACAGUCCAUUUCAUUAAUGAAAAUUUUUACACCGGAAAUAAUUAGUCGGUCCGUUUGAAUCUCUUUUGAAACAGGGGAUACAAUGGUUUGGAUGUCGUUUUAACGAUAUAGGAGUUCUCGGCAGGUGCAACUGAUAAUUUAAUGGCACAAUUUUGAAUUUCUAAUCAGCUUUGCGGGAUGCUAGCUAAUAUAUUUUUCACAAACCGCAAGUUUCCUUGGAAUUAAAUUCAACUUAGACCUCAAGCAGAAAGCAAUAGUUUUGUAAACAAAAAGAACUCGAAAUCACCAGCUAAGGUGACUCCGCAAUGGCCGUGAACGGGAUUAGAGGAAACGGUCAGACUCAACCGAACGCUCGAAGAACAACCGUCCGACCACGAGUGACUUUCAAAAAGAAUUGUAAAGGUGACUUCAUAACUAUCAAUGUAAGCGGUCGGAUAUUUGAAGCAGACAAUUCUAUCUUCAAACAGCAUCCAGAUACUCUUCUUGGAAGCACAAGACGCGAUAUGUUUUUUGACAGGAGUAAGAAUGAAUACUUUUUCGAUAGAGACCCUGAUCUGUUCUCUUACAUCAUCCAGUUUUACCGUAAAGGAACUCUUCACUAUCCUGAAGACGAAUGCGCCUGCUGCUUUGCCGGAGAACUCGACUUCUUUGGAAUUGUUAGAAAUCACUUAAGCGACUGCUGCUAUGAAGUGUUCCAAGAAAAACAUGAAGAGUUCAUAGACUAUCAAAAGCGUCAUGCAAAACCAGAAGAAGAGGAGUUCGUUCCCACUACGAUAAGGCAAAAAAUGUGGCAGUUAUUUGAAGAUCCAGCUCAAAAUGUCUUUGGACUAUUAAUACAUUAUGUCUCCGCAAUUUUGAUCGUUGUAAGUGUUGCUGCAUCAACUGUCGAGACUCUACCUUGUGGGGAAAUCCCCUGUGGUGACAAAUACUCUGAACAAUUUUACAUUGUGGAGUCUAUGUGCGUCAUAGCAUUCACUGUGGAGUACUUGGCCAGAUUGUUUGCUGCACCUGUCAGACUUCAGUUUAUGAAACAAUUCUUAAGCAUUAUUGACGUCGUGGCAAUCAUACCUUAUUAUGUAGCACUGAUUUUUCCCGAAGCAGCGGGAGGCCCAUUCACUGUUCUUCGUGUUUUCAGAAUCUUUCGCAUCGUUAAAAUGUCUCGCCAUAACACGAAGGUCCGGGAGGCUGGCUCGUCACUGUUAGCCAGUCUUUCUGAACUCAGUUUUGUGUUUGUUGUACUCAUUACUCUCGUCAUAUUAUUUUCAACCAUUAUAUAUUAUGCUGAGAUGGGAGACAAAAAUACAAACUUCGUCAGCAUUCCAGCUACGUUUUGGUAUACUAUCGUUACCAUGACGACGCUAGGAUAUGGUGAUAUGACCCCAUUGAGCAUAUUUGGACGCAUAACAGGCGUCAUUUGUUCUUUGAGUGGCAUUAUGGUGGUUGCUUUACCGGCUCCUGUCUUGGAAAAGAACUUUAGUCGGAAGAAGGAGGAAGGAAGACCAGAUCGUGAUACCACAAAUGAAAAAACCCGUGCGAGAACCAUAAGCCACAGUCACAGCCACAGUCACAAGAAGUCAACUGAAAUCUGAAGUAUGACAUCAAGUCAAGUGUGAGGGGCUGGUCUAUUUCGUAAAUUGUCAAGCUAAUGCAACAAACGAGACGCAUUGUUAUUGAAUCUUUCAGAAAAUGUUUGGUUGAUAAGCAACUGAUGUGAUUGGCACAUCAGAGGACAAGACUUAAGACUAAAAGAUCAACCCAAGAUUUGGAGAAAAAUCUGAAAACCAGGGGCUGCAUGAAGAACAUUUGAUUCAUUUAACACAUCUUGACAACCAUAUAAUUUCUUGUCAGAAGCUGGUUAUCCUAGUUGCUUAGCCACAAAAGAUGACUAAAUCUCUCUGCAGUUGAAAGACAGCAGAAAAAGUUAUGUGACUUCAUAAGCUCACACAUAUGCAGUUCAAAAAUCUUUUCCUUUCAAGGUUUCAGUUCAUUUUCCACUUUCUCUGAUUACAUUGCAUUUUACCCAGAUUACACUAAACAUUGAAAACCAGUAUAUUUGUUUGUAUGUCAGUACAGUAACAGCUCAAAGCAAUUUGUUAAAAAUGACUGUGAAUAACUGUUAUGGAAAAAACUUUAACUUCACCGCAAGUUAAAGGUUGACUAUCCAAGGGAGAGCCAUUUACAAAGCAUUUCUGUGUGCGAUUGUUCAAGUUGGAUUUGAACCAGUUUGCUGAGUUGUUUCCAACACCAUAGGCUUUUAAUUUAGAUAGCAAUAAAGAGUGAUCAAUGGUGUCAAAAGUUUUCUUCAGAUCUAGAAAAAUCACUGCAUAAACAUUACCUUUAUUAUCUGUGGCUUCAGGUGGUAGCAGUGGAGUGAAGGGAAUGAAACCCUGACUGAUUACAGGAAAUUAGAUUAUUAUCAGUUAAAUAUUUGUAAUAUUGAUUGUAUACAAUUCUCUCAAAGACCUUAGCCACAACAGGAAUUAUAGAAAUAGGGCAGUAAUUAUUUAAAUCAGAAUGUUCUCUCUGUAUAAAUACAGGAACUACUCUUCUACUUAUGCAGCAUUAGAACUGUUCGAUCUCAUAAUAUCGCUCAUGAUUGGGCAGAGAAAUUUUAAAUUUGCCAUUCCAUAUCAUUGUUAUCAUUAUUAUCAUCAUCAUCAUUAUUAAAAAGCUUCAUUCAAAACUCAGUCAGACUACUUGUAGAUGGAUAUAGAACAAAAACAAAUUGUGCUUUAUGUGCAAAAAUGUAUAUUUCCUGCAAAGAACUUGCAUAGCUAAAGCAAAAUAAAGGUUCACUCGUAAAAUUAUCAAAAUAAAAAGCAACUUUUUAAAGUUCAACCUUUCAAAUACCCGUUCAUGAUAAACAGUCUAAAAUUCAAUAUUUAUUAUUAUUAUUGUAACUAUUAUUAUUAUUAUUAUUAUUAUUAUUAUUAUUAUUAUACCUUAGGAUCAUAGCUAGAAAAAUACCCAUAUUUAUAAUACCAUCUUAAACGAAUUUUACAAGAUUCAGAAUACUUUAAAAAUUACUUAUCAUUGAACUACUUCAGAAAUGUUCUAACCCAAUACGUACAAAACACUUGGUUGAUCAGAUUAAAAGCUCUGUAACAAA